UGCGCUAAUAUAAAAGCCGACAACAAGUUGGUUUAAUCAAUAUCACACUUAGUUUGAGAAUAGUUCAUUUGUGUUAAGCAAAUAUUUUUAAGUAUGAUGAAGCUUAUGGUUCUUUUGUCAGUAGUAUGUGCUGUUGUAAUGGCACAAGAUGGUCACCAUCAUGAAUAUAAAGAUAUUGAUUACUACACUAACCCCCACUACCAAUUUAAAUACCAUGUGCAUGACCCCAAGCAUCACGACGUGCAUGAGCAAAAAGAAGAGAGGUAUGGAGACAAAGUAAAAGGCGAAUACUCCCUCCAUGAUCCCGAUGGUACUAUCAGAAUAGUAAAAUAUGAAGCUGACAAGCAUAAUGGCUUUAAUGCUCAUGUUGAAAGGAAGGGACAUGCUGUACAUCCUCAACACUACAAAACAUGGCACCAUUAGGCAAAAUAUCUUAGACAUUUUAUAGUAAAAUUGGUUAUUUUGGAAAUUGUUUCAAAAUCUUAGUGUAAUAUAUAUAUAAUAAAAAUAAAGCAAAUAAAAAUUAAAAA